AGACUUUGAAACAGCCCUCUGUUCUGACCAGAGCAUCUUCUCCUGGAGGAAAACCGUCUCAGCAGCGUGAUGAAGACUUGUGUGGUCCUCGCUCUCUUUCUGAUGGCAGGUGUGUCUCUUGGAGACAUCCAGAAGAGAAUCAAAGAUGGUGGAAGGCCAUGCACCGAAGAUGAGUCCAAAUCUUUUGUUUUCCUGGGGAUCUCAAACCAAUUACUUCGCAGAAAUUUCAUCUGUUCUGGUACCGUCAUUGGCAACGGGAACUGGAUUCUCACUGCAAAACACUGCGAGGAUACUGGAGUGCUUGGCUGGUUGUUCAGGUACUUCAGAAAGUUCAACGUUAAGGACGUCACCUCAACUGUAGAUAUCACCUCGAAGAAAACCUUUAAACACAAGACUGCUGACAUCAUGCUGAUCAAAGUGAAGACCGGCAUGCCUGGUAUGCCCUUGGUGUCUCAAGCUGACUGUAGCCAAGUCCUGAAAGACGUGAAACAAACAGGCUCAAAAGGCUUUGUACCGAUGGUCGUUCCUGCUCGGGACACGAAGGCUAAGGACAAAACUGGGAUUGCAGAUGUUUCCAUGUGUGGCGACAUCGAGGUGGACAGAUCAGGCAUUGAUGAGGAAACCAAGGAAGAGGUCGUGUUCUGGAGUCCUUUUGAAUGCAACAUCUGUCCUGGAGAUUCUGGUGCUGGAUAUAUUUACAAAAACGCUCUGUUUGCUGUUAAUCAUGGAAAUAAGAAGCUUAUACUGGGAGGAGACAUGAUCCUCUCAGAUAAUUAUGGACAAAUCGUCUGUGAUGGAAAAAUACGUGAAUGGAUUGAUGAAACUAUGAAAAAGAAUCCUUAAAAGUGUUGUUGUGUGAUCCUUGUUUGUGAGCAACAAUAAAGAGACGUCAGGUCUCCUUA